CGAGGAUGGUGUCGAGGUUGCAGCUGGGGCUUUCUGAAAACUAACACUAACCAAUACCUGCUGGAUGACUUUGUCUGAUGAAGUUUAAGAAAUAAAUGAAGAGUUGUACAUAAACUAGGCUUCCAGCUCUCAGCCAUGUCUCAGGAGAGCCUCUCAGACCUGGCCAAUGAGAACACCUGCCCUCUAGUGACCCCUUCCUUAACCCUUGACCUCCUGUCACCGCACAGUGCCCUGCUUCUCGAUGCCGAGCUCAGCCAAAAAAACAAAAUCAAGGGCUCCUCUUCAUCUUCCUCCUCAUCCCCUAAGUGCCGCCGGAAAUACGCCACCACCACCCCGGCUGACCUCCUCAAUGGCAUGAUGGGCGGCGGGGAACCGCAGGACGAUGACGACGACGAUGCCGAUCAGCGGCAGCGGGCGGGGGAGCUGGCGAACAACCAUGACAACGGCCAUUGCCAGUGGAGCGGGCAGGAGACGGGUCAACAGCAGCAGCACGCUGGUCAGGGCAGUAACGCCAAGUGGUUGAAGGAAGGCCAGAACCAGCUCCGCAAGGUGGCCGAGAAGCAGCAGCAGCAGCAACAGCAGCAGGACCCCAACCUCAACCACAGCCCUGACCAGAACCUCAACGUCAGCAGCCUGAACGACAGCGGGAGCAGGAGCCCCGACGGAAACCCGAACCACAACUCGGUGGUCAUCCACGAGGCGAAGAACAACACCUCCAACAAGGCCCUCACGACCCUGUGUCUGGACGGGGACGACAAGGGGACGGGCGACGGGGUGCUCCUCAUCGACGACACCAAGCGCCGCCCACGAGUGGGCAAGGAGCAGGAGAACCACGAAGAGGAGAAGGAGGUGGUGGAGGACGAGGAAGAGGAGGAGGACGAUGACGAGGAGGAGGUGGAUGAUGAUGAGGAAGAGGAGGAAGACGAGGAAACCAUGCCGUCGAGCGGAGGAGAGAAGGACACCGACUCCUCGGAGACGCAGAGCCACAGCGAGGAGAGGAGCGGCGAGGGCGAGAGCGGGAAAAGCUCCGGCCUCCUGUUCCCAGCGAAGAGCGGGGCACCCAGCGACGAGGACUCCAGCUGCAUGUCACUGUCUCAGGGAAGCACAGCCAACAGCACUCCAGAUGGGGAGACCGAGUCGUACUGGGACCGCAGCGAGUUUGAGACGGACGUGGACCUGCCGACAGGUUGGAUGCGGGUGCGGGACACCUCGGGCACCUACUACUGGCACAUCCCCACGGGCACCACGCAGUGGGAGCCACCCUCGCCCCAGGAGGAGGGUGCCGCCCUGGAGAGGCCCUCCAGCACCUCCCCUGCCAUCACACCCAGCGAGGAGCCACAGGUCACAUGGAGGGGCCCCUCGCGCCACAACAGGUUCAACGACGAGGACCUGUGGAAGGAUGACGUGACGUCUGAUCAAAGUCUCAAGGAGUUCGAGGGGGCAACGCUGCGCUAUGCCUCCAUCAACCUGAGUUGCACACAGUCUGAUGCUGAUCAGAGGCUCGAUGGCUAUAACGCGGACUCCGAUUCUAAGUGUUUUGCGGUGCGUUCUCUGGGCUGGGUGGAGAUCUCGGAGGAGGAGAUGGCUCCUGGCAAGAGCAGUGUGGCCGUCAAUAACUGCAUCAGACAGCUGUCCUACCACAAACACAACCUGCACGACACAGCAGGCAUCUGGGGAGAGGGUAAGGACAUGCUGCUGGUGCUGGAGAACGAGACUUUGAAGCUGAUCGACCCUCUCAGCCAAACGCUGCUCCACUCCCAGCCCAUCAUCAGCAUUCGCGUGUGGGGGGUGGGUCGUGACAAUGGCAGGGACUUUGCGUACGUGGCGCGGGACAAGCUGACCCACGUCCUGAAGUGUCACGUGUUCAGAUGCGACACCCCUGCCAAGAACAUCGCCACCAGCAUGCACGACAUCUGCUCCAAGAUCAUGGCGCAGAGGAAGUCCUCCAAGACCUCCGUGAGCAAACUGAAUAUGGACCCUUCCAAGCUGCUGGACAUGCCCUUUCAGGAAUUUCCCGUACCAAAGAACGAACUGGUGCAGCGUUUCCAGGUUCAUUACCUCGGGAACGUGCCAGUGGCCAAACCUGUAGGUAAGGGACGCCUUGGAGUGGAUAUCAUUAACACUGCCCUGGAAACGGCUCUGAACACCAAAGAGAAAGAUGACUGGACACCGGUGACUGUGAACGUGGCCUCAGCCACACUUACUAUACUCCAUGCAGAGUCGGAGGAAGUUGUGUCGGAGUGCCGCGUGCGCUUCCUCUCCUUCAUGGGCGUGGGGAAGGACGUGCACACGUUCGCCUUCAUCAACGCCGAAGCUCCCGGCCACUUCAUCUGCCACAUGUUCUGGUGCGAGCCCAACGCCGCCAGUCUGAGCGAGGCCGUGCAGGCCGCUUGCAUGCUGCGGUACCAGAAGUGUCUGGACGCGCGGCCCCCCAGCAGCGGCUCGUGUCUGCCGGGCCCCCCUGCGGACUCGGUGGCCCGGCGCGUGGGCUCCAGCGUCAGGAAGGGCGUGCAGAGCCUGCUGGGCAGCUUCAGGCGCUCCGGCUCCCAGACGCCCUAGGCCCCCCCGCCCCCCCCGCCCCUGUCCCGCCGGACGCCCUCUGACCCCGUCUCUGUCUCCCUCCACACUGCCCUCUCUGUCUCCUCAUGUCCGCUCUCUCACCUCCUCGCAGACACAGGACUCUCCCUCUUCCACAGACUCUCUUGAACAACACUCCCUACCCAUUUGUCUGGUCAGUGUCAACUCUGCCUCUAACCCCC